AUGAAUCCUCAUGCAUCUCGUUUAAAAUUUCAACCUGUCAUAACUCUAAAUAAACGAACUUUCGACUUAGAUUUGUUUGAAUUAGAGAAAAUAAACUUUCUAAAUAAGAUGGAUAAUAUGUAAACAUCGAUAAACAAUUCUUAAGAAAUUGGUACACCGACUUUUAAUAGGCGCACCGAAAUAUAAGAAAAUAAAGCAAAAUUAGAAGACAUUAACUAUGCUAAAUCAAAAAAAGUAUUGUACAUCAGCUCAAAGUAAUCAAAAAAACAAAAUACAACUAAAACCACUCUUUUAAAUACUUAAUAGACAACAUAUUAGUGA